CAGUAGGGUCUGCUCUGCCACAUCAUCUGGAGGCCACCUUGACCACUUCUUCAGCUCUUCCUCCUCCUCCAUCCGGCUCUAACCAUCUGUGGGGAGCAUCCUUGUGCAGCAACUUUCCUCUAAACUUGGACAGAAUGGCGGACAAAGACACCGUCGAGAAGUUCCUUGACAACAAUCCACAGUUUGCCAAGGAGUACUACGAAAAGAAAGUACAGGCAGACGUGAUCACUGCCGCGUUUAACAAACAGGUGCAGGUCAAAGAUCCAGCCUCCUUCAAGGAUGUCACCACCAUCCAGGAGGCUGAGUUCAUGUUCGAGCUCAUAAAGGAGAUGCAGUGCGAUGUGCCGAUGGAGAAAACUCUGCAUAAAGUUCUCCAGAGAAUUGCUCUGCUAGUGCAGGCCGAUCGCUGCAGCUACUUUGGCCACCGGUCCCGCAAUGGAACACCGGAGCUGUCCACAGUCCUCUUUGACGUGACACACAACUCUCCUUUUGAGAAAAAUUUAGUCAACCCCAACGUAGAGAUUGUUUUCCCCACUGACAUGGGAAUUGUGGGAUGGACGGCUCACUGCAAGAAGCCCCAGAAUGUUGCUGAUGUCAAGAAGGACUCUCAUUUCAGUGACUUUGUGGAUAAACAGACCAAAUACACCACAAAAUGUAUGAUGACUGCUCCCAUCAUGAAUGACAAGGAACCUCUGGGUGUCAUCAUGGCUCUCAACAAACAAGGUGCAGCUGAGUUCUCCAAGGGUGACCAGGAGCUCUUCCACACGUUUGUGAACUUUGCCGCUGUGGUUAUCCGCCAAGCGCACACUGCUUAUAUGUGGGACGUAGAGUCCAGGAGAAGUCAGGUGUUGCUGUGGUCGGCCAGCAAAGUGUUUGAGGAGUUGACAGACAUCGAGAGGCAGUUUCACAAAGCGCUGUACACAGUGAGGACGUACAUCAAGUGCGAGAGAUACUCUGUGGGACUCCUCGACAUGACCAAAGAAAAGGAAUUCUUUGAUGAGUGGCCAAUCAAACUCGGAGAACAGGAGCCAUACAAGGGCCCCAAGACACCUGAUGGCAGGGAAAUCAGCUUCUACAAGAUCAUCGACUACUUGCUGGAAGACAAAGAGGAGAUCAAAGUUAUUCCUGGACCUCCAGCAGACCACUGGGCUCUGGUCAGUGGACUCCCAGCAUAUGUGGCUGAGAAUGGAUUUAUCUGCAACAUGAUGAAUGCUGGGGCAGAUGAGUACUUUACGUUCCAGAGAACAGCCGUGGAUGAGAGCGGGUGGACGAUUAAGAAUGUCCUCUCCCUGCCUAUCGUCAACAAAAAGGAAGAAAUUGUUGGCGUCGCAACGUUUUUCAACAGGAGAGAUGAAAAGCCAUUUGAUGAGAAUGAUGAACAAGUUACAGAAGCCCUGACCCAGUUCCUUGGCUGGUCCACUCUGAACAGCGACACGUACGACAAACUGAACAGGGCAGAGUGGAGGAAAGAUGUUGCCCAGGAAAUGCUCAUGUACCAGACAAAAGCGACACCGAGUGACGUGCAGACCAUUCUGAACACGCAAGAGAAGUUUGGCUCCUCACCAGAAGACUGCGACCAGAAAGAGAUGUACAAACUUCUGAGAACCAACAUCCCCGAGGCCAAGAAUGUGGAGCUGCUUGAGUUCCGCUUCAGUGACUUCCCCUUGUCAGAGCUCGAACUCAUCAAGUGUGGCGUCCGCUGCUUCUUCGAGUUAGGGGUGGUGGAGAAGUUCAAAGUCCCAGCUGAGAUCCUGACACGGUGGAUGUACACCGUUCGCAGGGGAUACCGUGACAUCACCUACCACAACUGGAGACACGGCUUCAAUGUUGGACAAACCAUGUUCACUCUGCUGCUCACAGGAAAACUGAAAAAGUACUACUCUGAUCUUGAGGCCUUCGCCAUGGUUGCUGCUGGGUUUUGCCACGACAUUGACCACAGAGGAACCAACAAUCUGUACCAGACAAAGAGUUUAUCUCCACUAGCUAAACUGCACAGCAGCUCAGUUAUGGAGCGUCACCAUCUUGAGUACAGCAAGACGCUGAUGGAAGACGAGGACCUGAAUAUCUUCCAGAACCUUCAGAAGCGCCAGUUUGAAACUGUGCAGCAUCUGUUUGAAGUUUGCAUUAUCGCCACGGAUCUCGCACUCUAUUUUAAGAAGAGGACAAUGUUCCAGAAAAUUGUGGAUGCUAUGGAGGGGAUUCCAGAGGAGAAAGAGAAGAUCAACUACGUCUCUAACAAUCCAACGAGAAAGGAGAUUAUCAUGGCAAUGAUGAUGACAGCUUGUGAUCUGUCAGCCAUUACAAAGCCGUGGGAGGUUCAGAGCAAGGUUGCUCUGAUGGUGGCUGCAGAAUUUUGGGAGCAGGGAGAUCUUGAAAGGACUGUCCUUGACCAGCAGCCAAUUCCCAUGAUGGACAGAAACCAUGCCGCUGAGCUCCCUAAGAUGCAGUGUGGUUUUAUUGAUUUCGUCUGUUCCUUUGUAUACAAGGAGUUUUCCCGCUUCCACACAGAGAUACAACCGAUGUUUAACGGGCUGAACACCAACAGGGGAGAGUGGAGAGCUCUCGCAGACGUCCAUGAAGCCAAGAUGCAGGCCAUCGAAAAUGAGAAGAAAAAGCUGGAGGGUGGAAAUGAAGUGGAAGGCGGGAAAUCAAAGACGUGUGUUGUCUGCUAGAAACUCCAAGGAUCAAUGAAGUAUUCAUGUGUCGUCAUUGUCUGCAUGUGUAUUUGUACAGUGUGUGUAUUUCCACAAAUGAGACAGUUGUACACUGGAAAAAGAAAAUGAAUGAAAAUUUAAAUGAGUAACACUCAAAUGAAUUAAGAUGAUUAAAACAGUCUUAUUUUAGUUUGAUUGUACUUAAUUCACGUCAGUCUUACCAAUAGAAGUACUCCUUAACGUUUUUCAAAUAUUCCUUCUUCAGUGCACUGUGCAAAAAAAUCCCAAAUCAUUAUUUUUAUAUUCUGUAAUGUAUAGUUUGUAUAUGACAACAGUAACACAUAGCUCAAAUGCGUAACCUUUAAAUAUAAAUGUUUCAAACCACUGUCACACAAUGCAGCUCUCUGCGUUUCUCAGUAAGAAUUCUUAAGAUUGUGUGUUGCCCAGCAACGUUACUGUGCUGCACACAGGAAGUGGUUUGUCCUACUGUACAUCAGAGGACAGAUGCAUGCACCACAGCCGCAAUCAGGUUAAAGAAGCACCAAGGAAAAAUUUAAUUCUGCUGCUCAAAAAACUAGGUCGUUCGCUACGCUUCCUGCCCCUGUGCUGCUGGUGUAUACACACAAACACUCCCUCAGUCUGUUUAAGAAGAGGCCAAACGGAGGUGAAACAACAAAAUAAUUACACACUGCAGCUUUAAUAUAUUCUACCAUAUGCUUCAGCGAGCUGAAAUUCUGCUGAAAGAGCACAUAAGCAUCUAUAUUUAUACAUAAUAUAAUGUGAAAAUGUCUAGUUUUCUCUGGCUUUGAACAUUUUGUGAAUAGGAACAUAUCAUUAUGUAAAUAGGCAUUUACAUUUGGAAUAUAAACGCCAGUAAAUGCACUUUUUCUAGUGGGAUACAUUUACUAGUUUUAAUUUGCAAGUAGUGCUUGCAACAUUGCAAGCAUACGUCGCCAAGUAAAUGGGUGGGAGACAUAAGACGAUUUGACUGAAUUGGAUUUAGUUAUAAGCCACAGAGCUUUCGUUUUUAAGACCCCUGCUUACAUGAAGUAAACAUACCUCGAACAAGACGGAGUCCAGUGGAAACAAGUCGCCACAUAAGACAGAAAAUGGUUUGGUUUUGUUUGACCGUGAAACUAAAUAUUUAUGUGAUUUUGUGGUCAUUUCUUUGAAAUAAGACACUUAAUUUUUCAACAUCCUGUCACACAGAUUUGUGUAAACAGAGCUUGUGGUGCAGAGCAGCUCGCAGUAGGGUAAUGUUGUUUUUUUAACUUUCUUUUCUGCACUUUUAAUUAUCAGUAAACGCAACCUUUACAAACAAACUACACUCACGUGAGCAUUGGUUUCAAUAUUUGACAAUGAAAUGGGCAUUAGCAUAAAGUGUGAGACAUGAAAGAUGUCAAUAAAGUUUAUUUUCAAUCA